AAGUCGACCAAAAAUAGCAUGUACAAUCCGGGAAAGGGGAAAAGGAGAAACUUACUAUAAUUAAAUGGACGAACUAUCACGAAAUCAGCGAAUCAAAUUACUAGUCUGAAUCCAUGCGAACAACGAGUCUGGAUGAUUCGGCUAUCGUUUUCUGGGUGAUUUGGGUUAGUUGAUGGGUGACUCGCCAUAUUUAAUUGAUUAUAACUUCCUGAACUAAAUGGAAUAACUGUCAUGUCAAUGCAAUGAAGAUAUUUACCCACUUAGUUUGAUUUCUGCCAACAUGGCUUCAGAUUUCGAUGCAGAAAAUAAAUACAGUUGGUAUUUUGGGCCAUUAACGCGAGAGGAGGCCAAUGAGAUUUUAAUGGCUCCUACGCUUGAGAGUGGCAUAUUUUUGAUUAGAGACAGUAAAUCUAUUAGAGGAGAUUGUGUAUUAUGUGUGCGGGAAGAUACCAAAGUCAGUCAUUAUAUAAUCAACAAAAUACAGAUGGGUCCUCCUGGAUCCUUACCAAGAUUCAGAAUAGGAGAUCAAGAAUUUAGUGAUAUUCCAAGUCUUUUAACUUUUUAUAAAACUCAUUACUUAGAUACCACAUCUUUAAUAAAACCAGCACCAAGAGAAAAAAUACGAGCAAAGUAUGAUUUUCCUGGAAAGGACCUUGAAGAUCUUCCAUUUCUGCGAGGUGAUGUAUUAGAAGUUAUAUCUAAAGAUGAAGAGAAAUGGUGGACGUGCAGAAAUAAACAUGGACAAGUUGGUCAAAUACCAGUUCCUUAUGUAGAAAAGUACGAAAUAAAUAAUCAUCCAACAGAAGAACUUGGUAUGGUUUACAGAACACCAACUACUGUAAGUGACUCUGUGAUGUCAUCUACUACCAAUAUAGGCAAUCGUCAUUCAGCUCUUAAUAAUGUAAAGCUUCCAGCAAAAGCAUGUGUAAUACAAGAUAGAAUACCAAAUGCUUAUGAUAAAACACAAUUAAAACUUUUGAAAGGUGAAAUUAUUACUGUUACGAAAAUGAAUGUGAAUGGACAGUGGGAAGGUGUACUCAAUGACAAAACAGGCAUUUUCCCCUUUACGCAUGUUAAAUUUGUUGAUGAUCAGAAUGGUUCAUAAUAAAUAAUCUUAAAUAUUUGUACAAAAAAAAAUUAUGUACUACAAUGAAUUUAGUUAAAUAGUAAUCUUUAAGUACUACAGUAUAUAAAUUUUAUAUAUGUAGUAAUUAAAUCAAUUCUCAUAUGUCAGAGAUAAACCCUGAUAUGGAACAGAAAGAAAACAGAAAUAAUUCCAUACACAUAUAUAUAUUUUUGAACAGAUAUUGUGUUAUUUUAAUGUUUAUAACUUUUAUUAAUGAGAUAACCAUAAUGUCUAAAGUGUCUUAUUCUUUUCUAAGCCAUUUUGACGAUAAUUGUGAUGGUUGAUUGGAUAGAAUGGGGUUUAAUCAACACUUUAUUUAGGUCAUUUUUAGACUAACAAACAAUAGUAUUCAUUUUUAUGGUCACAUGGUCAGUGUGAGUGAAGAAAUUUUGCAGGGACAAUGGUGUUGUAGCCUAAGCUUCUUUGAUUAGUAUGUGGAAUUCAAUUUUGUGUAAAGCAAAUGCCCACAUGGAAAGGGUGUAAGCCCCUCAGAAGAAUUUGGAGAUUUAUAACUUCCUUUAUCUCUAAUCCUGCCACUUCUGCUAAAGACAAGAAUUUUGGAUAGGAUUAAAAGUGAACAAUGGCGUGCAGAGAGAGGGCGAUGGCUCGGACAUCCAUUAUCGAUGUUAACUUUGUUGUACAAGCUGCCUUUCUUAAUUUGAAUAAAACCUUUCAUUUUU